AUGACUCGGAUCGAGGACAUCCCUACUUCAACCAUGAAGGCUUUUCCUCAUGUGUUUGAUGACCCCAAAACCCUUCCUAAGUCUGUGGACCCCUUCACCAUCACUGCUGCCUCAGGAUUUAUGCCAACCAUCCUUCCACCAACUAUCCUUCCGGAGGUGUUUGCUCCUCUAACCUCUAUUAUGGACCGUCUCCCCGUCCGGAAGGCUGAUGGAACCCCUGGACUCCUUGCUACCUAUGAGCUUGGUUCUGUCGUCCAUGCUGAGCUCCCGGAUCUCACGGAUGAGAUUGACAAGAUCGUCACCCCUGAUGGGAAGCCGGAUCUGUAUACCCUUACUGCCGUGUUCAGAGACUACUCUUUCCUAGCCUCUUCAUACCUCUUAGAACCCUGCUGGAAGUCCUGGAACACGUCUCCGGAACAGGGCUACGGCCUUGGACGGGAUAGGCUCCCCCACUCUAUUGCUGGUCCAAUGUACCGAUGUGCUCAGAUUUUGGAUCUCCCUCCAUUCCUUUCAUAUGCUGCCUCUUAUGCUCUAUACAACUAUGCCCUGGCAGACACCACCAAAGGAUAUGACUACUCUAACUUGAGGCUCAUCCGUGGUUUCGAACACGGCCUUGACCCUACUAGCUCUGAAGCCGGCUUCAUCCUGACCCACGUUUACAUGGUUAAGGAGACAGGCUCCCUUGUCGAUGGUGUCGUCCGUAUCCUUAAUGCCGUUGAGCAAGGUGCUGACCGUGCUACUGUCAACGAUGCUUACCGAACUAUCCUUCAGGGCAUGGCAAAGAUUGAAGCCUGCAUGGAAGAUAUGUGGAAGAACUCCAAGCCAGGUGAUUACAUCUCGUUCCGUGUCUUCAUCUUUGGCAUUACUUCCCAGUCCAUGUUCCCCAACGGUGUUGUAUACGAGGGCAUUGAAGACAACCAGCCCCUGAGUUUCCGUGGAGAGUCCGGAGCUAACGACAGCAUUAUCCCACUCCUUGACCACCUCUGCCAGAUCCCCAUGCCAGACACCCCCCUGACGAAGAUCUUGCAUGAGUUCCGUGCAUACCGUCCCAUGCCCCACCGCAAGUUCCUUGCCCAUGUCGCUGCUAAAUCUGCUGAGCUCGACAUCCCCAAGUAUUCCAUGCAGGACCCAGAGACCGUGUUCCUCUACAUGAAGACACUUGACCAUGUCCGCAGCUUCCGAUGGAGACACUGGCUCUUUGCCAGAGAAUACAUCAUUAAGCGCACCGCCCAUCCAACCGCCACCGGAGGAAGCCCCAUCGUCACUUGGCUUCCAAACCAGCUCUUUGCCGUCAUGGACCUCAUGAUCUCCACUUAUGAUAGUGCUGUCGUUCCACUCAUGAAGAACGGAGCCGGCACACAGAGUGAGAACCUCGGAUCAUUUGACAAGUACAAGGACCAAGUCGAGGAGAUGAUAGAGCUUGUACGAGACCAGAGGGAUAAACUGGAUAAGGAAGUUCUCAAGUGGUGCCAGGAGCGAGGAGUCCCCACAGGCCAGUAA